AGAGAGAGACAGAGACAGAGACAGAGAUCAGGGCUAUGAGAGUCUUUGAGGCAUCCUGCUCCACCUUUUCCCCUAUUUCCAAAGAUUUGAUGGCCAUAAGGCCCUUCCAAUUCACUCUCUCGCACCACCAUCACCACCUCAACCUCCACAGGCACCUCCUCUCUCUCUUCUUCAUACCACCCCUCUCUUCGUCCCCCUCCCCUCCCUCCCUCUUGCUCCGCCGCAUCGCCGCCUCUGCCACCCCGCUGUCUCGCCCACAGCAGCAUCAAACCCCCUUGGUCCGCCGCAACCGCCCGCUGCCCACGCCCUCCGAAACCCUGGCGCAGAAGAUCGGCAAGGCCGUCCGCCGGCCUGGCGCCCCCUCCAAGGCUAGGGUUUACGCCGAUGUCAACGUGAUUCGCCCCAAAGACUACUGGGACUAUGAGUCCCUCACCGUCCAAUGGGGGGAGCAGGAUGACUAUGAGGUGGUGAGGAAGGUUGGGAGGGGAAAAUACAGUGAGGUAUUUGAGGGUGUUCACUGCACCGAUAACGAGAAGUGUGUAAUUAAGAUUCUCAAACCGGUGAAGAAGAAGAAGAUCAAGAGGGAGAUAAAGAUACUGCAGAAUCUCUGUGGCGGGCCGAAUAUCGUGAAGCUGCUUGAUAUUGUUAGAGACCAGCAAUCGAAGACCCCAAGUCUUAUAUUUGAACAUGUGAAUAAUACAGAUUUUAAAGUGCUUUAUCCAACACUCUCUGACUAUGAUAUUCGAUAUUACAUCUAUGAGCUUCUGAAGGCACUGGAUUAUUGCCACUCUCAAGGUAUUAUGCAUCGAGAUGUGAAGCCCCAUAAUGUAAUGAUUGAUCAUGAACAGCGUAAGCUUCGUCUUAUAGAUUGGGGCCUUGCAGAAUUCUAUCAUCCAGGGAAAGAAUAUAAUGUCCGUGUUGCUUCAAGAUAUUUUAAAGGUCCUGAGCUCCUUGUUGAUUUGCAAGACUAUGAUUACUCUUUAGACUUGUGGAGCCUUGGUUGUAUGUUUGCUGGCAUGAUAUUCCGUAAGGAGCCAUUUUUCUAUGGGCAUGAUAAUCAUGAUCAGCUGGUCAAAAUAGCUAAGGUGCUUGGGACAGAUGAAUUAAGUACUUAUCUGAACAAAUACCGGAUAGAGUUAGACCCUCACCUUGCAGCAUUAGUUGGCAGGCAUAGCCGGAAACCAUGGACAAAGUUCGUUAAUGUUGAUAAUCAACAUUUGACGGUUCCUGAGGCUGUUGACUUUGUAGACAAGUUGCUACGGUAUGAUCACCAAGAGAGGCCUACUGCAAAAGAAGCAAUGGCCCAUCCGUAUUUUUACCCGAUAAGAAAUGCAGAAAGCAGCAGAGCGCGUACCCAAUAGAUUGAAUUCCAGAUGCAUGUCAAGAUAUGGUGUCUUCUUUUCUUGGUCAGGCUGACCUUGCUCUUUAAACUCAGUAUGGUUUGCAAUUAGGAUGGUGUGCCAUGUUUUUGAGUUAUAAUGGAACUGUCAUUUUAUUGAAUUAUAUAAUUUUAUUUGGGCAAUUUGGUUUCUGGAAACUUUUAUAUUUGUUUGUGUGCUCCCAAGUUGUGAACUGCCCCUCGCCUUAUGUAACUAACAUUAUUAACAUACGCGAUUAAAAGCUGCAUUUCUUCAAGACCCUUCAA